AUGGGUAAGGAUUGUGGUUCUGAUAUUAGCAAGAGUGAUGAGCUGAUUUCUCCUAAGCCCACAUCUGAAGAGGAUAACUGUAACACCAAAAAAAAUCUUGAAUUUAAUGAAACUGAUAUGGCCUGUCCAGAACUUGUGAAAGGUUUGAAGUUUGGUGACGUUGCCACUUUUAGAGAUUUAUGUUUUGUGAAGAACAAUAAAGACAAGGUGAUUGUGAGAUGUAAAGCUAAAGGGUGCAAAUAUAGGGUUUAUGGUUCUCAAGUAACAGAUGAAAUGACCUUCCAAAUUAAGACAUUGAACCCCACUCACACUUGCACUAGGGCAUACAAAAAUUCAGCAUGUACAUCAAGGUGGAUUUCUAAGAGGUAUAUGCAGAAGUUUAGAUAUGAUUUAAACUGCCCUACCGUUGGAUUGCAGCAAGAGAUCAAGGAUAAGUUUCAUGUUGAUGUGGGUAGGAUGCAGGUGUAUAGGGCAAGGAAAAGUGCUGAAAAAGUAAUUGAUGGUGAUGAUAAUGAACAAUAUAAUAGAAUUUGGGACUAUUGUGAGACAUUAAAGGCUACAAAUGUGGGUACCACUACAUUGAUGGUGGUGGAUAGGCCUACUCUUGAUGUGGCAGAUGGACGUUUCUUGAAGGGUAACCAAAAAGGACAAAUCUUAAGUGCUGUGGGGAGAGAUGCCAAUGAUAACAUGUACCCCAUUGCUAUGGCUAUUGUAGAAACUGAGAGCAAGGAUAGUUGGUCUUGGUUCCUUGAUUGCUUGUUGAAGGAUCUUGGCCCAAUUGAACAACAUGGAUGGGCAUUUAUUUCAGAUAGACAAAAGGGCUUGAUCCAAAGCUUUGACGUGGUCUGUCCUAUGGCAGAUCAUAGGUCAUGUGUGAGGCAUUUGUAUGCCAAUUAUAGAGAUAAAGGCCACAAGGGGAAAGCACUUAAGGACAAGUUGAGGGCUGCAGCUACAGCAUAUACAGAGCAUGAGUUUCUUGAACAAAUGGGUGAGCUUAAGAAAUUGUGCCCAAAAGCUUAUGAGUAUUUGGAUAAUGUAGAUCCAUCCAUGUGGUCUAGGUCAUAUUUCACAGACUAUUGUAAGAGUGACCUGCUUGUGAAUAAUUUGUUAGAGAGUUUCAACUCAUACAUUUUAGAUGCUAGGGACAAGCCUAUAGUAACCAUGAUUGGAAAGAUUAGGAGAAAGCUGAUGAGGAGGUUCCAAUUGAAGAGGGAAGGGAUGUCUAAAUUGACAAGGAAAAUAUGUCCCAAAAUUCAAGCAAAGUUUGACAAUGAAGGUUUGAAGUCUUCUGAUUGUGUGUCAAUAUAUGCUGGAAAUGGUUUAUUUGAGGUUGAGUGUAGAGAUCAAAGGUUUGUUGUGAACUUGAGCAAGACGACAUGUUGUAGCAAGUGGGAUCUUACUAGCAUCCCAUGUUGGCAUGCCAUAUCUGCCAUACUAUUUGAUGGAAGUGCACCUGAAGAUUAUGUACAUCCUUAUUACACAAUUGAGACAUACACAAAGGCAUAUGAGCCAAUAAUUUACCCUGUGGCUAGCAUGGAACAGUGGAGAAGGACAUCAAUAGAUCCUUUGGAACCACCCAAGGAUGAGAUACAACGUGGUAGACCCAAGAGAAAGAGAAAGAGGCAUCCUUCAAAACCCAAAAACCCACAUAAGCUAAGCAAGGCUGGUACCAUCAUCAAGUGCUCUGAGCGUAAGAAGGUGGGAUAUAAUAGCAGAACAUGUCCAUCCAAAAAAGACAAGGGUACAGUGUCUACCAAUGCUAAGAAGACACCUACAACAAACAAGAAGCAAGCAGCUAGAGGUGCAAGGGCUACUGCUGCAAGUGCCGUAGAUUCAAGGGCUGGAGGUGUAAGGGCUAUUGCUGCAAGUGAUGUAGAUUCAAGGGCUGGAGGUUCAAGGACUGUUGCAGCAAGUGCUGUAGAUUCAAGGGCUGGAGGUUCAAGGGCUGUUGCUGCAAGUUCUACUAGUGUAAGAACUUCAACGGCACCAUUAACAAUAUAUGGUGGUGGUGCUAAUAGUGAGUGUGUGGUGGUGCCAACUUUGGGAAAAGCCAUUCAAAGGAUGCAAGCUAAGAAGUAG